CCUGCCUGCUUGCUUGCUCGCCUGGUGGCUCCCCGCCCACCGCUGCUCUCUGCUGCCUGCCUGCCUGCCUGCCUGCCUGGCUGUUGGACGGACUGGGGCAGAUCCGAGCCGACCAGUUCCGUGUUCUCUCCUCUCCCAGUACACCGAGCAGACUAAGCAGAGGGACCCUGUGGUGUCAUGGUGGACAUUCCUGCCCAGCCGCGGCACCCAUAACUCCGGGGACAGUGAGAAAGUGUGGUCGGAGCUGAGGUUAACUUCAUCGGACAGGCCUCUGCCACAGUAGGAAAGAAGACACCAACAGCACCAAAAUGAUGUCUGGACUGACUGAUCUGAGGGUGACUGAGCAGACAUCUUUGGCCUCCGUGUCAUUAGCUGACCUCUGAUCCUGUCCUCAUGGUUUUAAAAUGGCUCUGUGGCUGUGGCAGGGAGGGGACUGGGAUGUCUCACUCUCCAUGAGUUCUUGGAAUUUUACAAACAUGUUUUUCUGAAACACGACAGCACAGACUGGAGGAUCUGAAGCUCGUGUUUCUUUUUCUUCAAUGGGACUAACAGGGUUCUUUGAGCUUGGAAUAACAUCUGACUGGGAGAUGCUCCUGCUGAAAAAGUCACCACAGAAUUGAACUUGCAUCAAAAAUGGAGAAGGAUUUUACACAGUUGAAUGUCUAAUCUCAUAAUUAAUGGACACACACAGUCUGUCCUGGACUUAAUCAGCCAAAGUUGAUAGUGUCAACUCUUUACACCCACUUCAGCCUCUACUCAAACUCUAAGAGAAGAUUUCAGCCUGCAUCUGUUCUCUCAUCUGUUGCUCAUCGUCUUUGAUGGAAGCUAGAGGGUGACUUCAGCCUCAAACUUUAACGCUGACUCUGGGUCAGUAUCUUGCUGCAUCAUUAAAAAAAAAGUAACCCUAAACAUGGCUGCUACAGGAAGGAGGCACCUGGUGAAAGACUUUAACCAUUUCAUCACCUGCUACCUGUGUAGAGGAUACCUGAUUAAACCGACCACGGUCACUGAGUGCCUGCACACCUUCUGCAAGAGCUGCAUCGUGCAGCACUUUGAGGACAGUAAUGACUGUCCUAAAUGUGGCAUUCAGGUCCAUGAGACCAACCCACUGGAGAUGCUCAGGUUGGACAACACCCUGGAGGAGAUCAUUUUCAAGCUGGUGCCCGGUCUCAGAGAGAAGGAGGAACAGCAGGAACUGGAGUUCUGGAGGAAGAAUCAGCCCAAAGAAAACGGCCAAGCAGAAAACUUGAUGUGUCAAAGACUCAGCCUGCCGGAUGUGGGGGGUGACGAUGGCGAUAGAGAUGCUGGUGGUGAUGAUGCCGAUGGUGGGGAUGAAGACUACCACAGGAGUGAUCCUCAGAUAGCAAUCUGUCUGGACUGCCUUCGUAACACAGGACAGACUGGGGAGAGCACUGUCUCGGAUUUAAUGAAGAGGUUCAUCCGCUGCUCCAGCAGAGUAACUGUGGGAACAAUCAAGAAGUUUCUCAGUCUUAAACUAAAGCUGCCCAGCUCUUAUGAGCUGGACGUGCUGUGUAAUGGAGAGAUCAUGGGCAGAGAUCACACUCUGGAGUUCAUCUACAUGACCCGAUGGAGGCUACACGGAGAGAAUACGUAUCCCAUGGUUCUUGAGUACCGGCCACGGAUCGACUUUGGCUGAACCACAGAUGCAAGAGGAGAACCGCAGUCACUCACAUAAAAACACUCACUUCACUCACACUCUGCAGACAUCCAUGCCAAGUGCAGAAACAGUUGCUUGUAGACAAACACAAAAAACAUAAACAAACAAACACACCAUCCUUUCAUCCAUCCAUCCAUGUGCCCAUAACGUGCAGAGAAAGAGAUUUAAAUGUAUUUUUGUACAGCCAAUGAUGAAGUGCUUAUGUUGUUAUGGUAAAGAGGUUUUAUGCUACAUAGAAUAAUAUAUGCUAUAAUAUAUAUGAUAUUUUUAAAUGUAUGUCCCUGUGCCUAAAAACCUGUUCAGAUCAGAAAUGAAGUAUGAUCAUAUCUUUACUUUGCCUGUCUAACUCUGUAGAUUAAAUGUUGAUUUUCUACUGUUAAA